AUGAUUUAUAAUUCUAAGGAUUAGUAACUAUCAUAUUUUAUCUAAAUAUCAAAUUUUAGUUCUAAGAAUAAGAUUCUUAAUAUUUUAAAAGUCAGUUUCAUUAAUCGUAACAUACAUUAUUACUAAUGCCAUUUUUUUUAAAUCAUAACAAACUUAGUAAUUAUAUUUAAUUCAGUAAUAUUUUUAAUUGAUACUCCUACUGCAGAAGACUAAAUUGAAUUUAUCAACCUAAUAAAUCUAUUAUUUUUAAUCUAUGAUACAAUUCAAGCCACUUUAAAGAUAAUUGCCUUAGUAAGUUCUUGUCAAAAAUAGGAUUUAAUAUUACCAAAGAAAGAGUAUUUAAGAGAAAUAUGGAGCAUCUAGAUUUUUCAGUCCUCAUUAUAUAGUAUUAAGAGCAUUUAGAACAAUAUCAGCAAUCAAGUCUUUGAGAAUGAUACUGCUAGCGUUAUUUGCAUUUUUAGGCUAUUUAAAAGAUGCUGCAAUAGCAUUAUUUUUCUUUUAUACUUAUUUCGCUAUAGCUUGAGUAGGUAUAUCUUUUUUGGUGGUUAAUUAAAAAAUACUCUGAGCAGAGAAAAUUUUGAAAAUUUAAAAAAUUCAAUUCUGAUAGUAUUUUGA